UCCGCAAUAGAGUUUGUAUUUAUUUCCGAACUAUUACUUCGGUCUGUUGGAUGUAAAUUUAUAAAUGUUUAUUACUGAAUAUUAACCAUUGAUCAUGGGUUCUAGAAGAUGGUUUCAUGGGAGAAUCACAGGCCAUGACGCCGAAGCUCUACUUCUAGAAAGAGGCUCAGAUGGCAGCUUUCUUGUAAGGCCUAGUCAAAGUAAUCCCGGUGAUUUUACCUUGUCCGUAAGACGUGGGGAAGAAGUCACUCACAUUAAAAUCCAAAACAGUGGCGAUUUCUAUGAUCUGUAUGGAGGUGAGAAAUUUGCCACCCUCUCUGAGCUUGUAUUGUUCUAUACAGAAAGCAGAGGGCAGCUGAAAGAAAGAACUGGAGAAGUCAUCACUUUGAGAUAUCCUUUAAAUUCCACUGAUCCAACUACGGAAAGAUGGUUCCAUGGUCACAUCUCAAGCAAGGAAGCAGAAACAGUUAUGCUGGACAAAGGAAAGAAUGGUAGUUUUCUUGUCCGUGAAAGUCAAAGUAAACCUGGUGACUUUGUUCUUACAGUGAGAAUUGAUGACAGUGUCACUCAUGUGAAAAUCCGUUGCACGGAUGGCUUUUUUGAUGUUGGUGGAGGAGAGAAGUUCUCAAAUCUCAAAGAUCUUGUUGAACAGUAUAAGAGAAGUCCUAUGGUGGAAAAGUCUGGACGUGUUGUUCAGCUCAAAGUUCCAUACAACGCUACGAGAAUAAACGCCUCUAGUAUUGAAGAUCGUGUUAGCGAACUAUUAAAAGAAAAUGGUAAUGUCGACGGAAAAGGUGGAUUCUGGGAAGAGUUUGAGAAUUUACAACAGCAAGAAUGUAAACAUUUGUACAGACGAGAGGAGGGUCGCAAGCCUGAGAAUAAAGCGAAGAACAGAUACAAGAAUAUUUUACCAUUCGACCACAGCAGAGUUAUUCUCACUGAGGACUACCAGAACGAGGCAGGACACGACUAUAUAAAUGCGAACUUUAUAAACGGGCUCCUUGAAGGCCAAGAAAAACGAUAUAUCGCAACUCAAGGCUGUCUCCCGGUGACCGUCGGCGACUUCUGGGCGAUGGUGUGGCAAGAUAACUGUCGCGUCGUUGUCAUGACGACCAAAGAAGUUGAAAGAGGACGAACGAAAUGUACGCGAUAUUGGCCGGAUGAUAAACAGAUGAUCAAGACGUUUGGAAAGUACAACGUAAUGUUAAAGGAAGAAGAGCACACAGCCAACUAUAUUUUCAGAGAAAUAAAAGUUUGGAAAGAAGCUAAUGAAGGUGUUGAACCUCGCAGUGUGUACCAGUUCCACUACACUGGCUGGCCUGAUCAUGGAGUACCUGAUGAUCCUAGCUCUGUCCUUAAUAUCCUUGAAGAUGUUAACAUCAAACAAGAUCAUAUUGAAGGGGCUGGCCCUAUUGUUGUGCAUUGUAGUGCUGGUAUCGGAAGAACUGGCACAUUUAUCGUCAUCGAUAUUUUGAUGCAUAUUCUCAAAGAGCAAGGUUUAAACAGCGAAAUAGACAUCAAACAAGCUAUCCUCAACGUUCGGGCUCAAAGGUCGGGUAUGGUUCAAACAGAGGCCCAGUAUAAAUUUAUUUACAUCGCCCUUCAGCAUCAUAUCUCUGCUGAAAACAUUCGAUUAGCUGGUCGUUCCCAGUUAGAUCUAUCCCAGGGUCACGCCAAUCACAGCGCGCCGCAACAUGACGAUGAACCCACUCCUCCGAUACCAGCCCGGAAUUUUAACAGGUCGUCAAGCAAAAAACCCAGCGGUCGUUCCCAGUUCCCUCAACCCAUGUACGGUCCCGUGGCCUCUGCUCCUUCAACUAAUAACGCACAGGAUGAAAAUGGUGUAGAAGACGAGGAAGCUCCACCUAUUCCAGUCAGAUCUGGAAAUCUUUUUCAAAACGGGGGAAGCACAGCGUAGUGUAUUAACG